GUGUCAUGUGACCAUUGAUGUGUAGUGUCAAGAGAGUAAACACACGAGGCGGGUAAAUCUCAAGAAGACAGCGCUCGGUUAUUAUUGCAAGUCACGGCAUUGUUCUUCUUAGAGGCUGAGAUACGCGACUACAGCAGACUCCCCCGAGAAACUUCAACAAAACUUCUACGAUGUCGACCAGACGUGCUUUACAUUUUGUCUUCAAAGUUGGCAACAGAACUGAAACAGCAAAGUUCUACAAAGAUGUUCUGGGGAUGAAAUUUCUACGCCAUGAAGAAUUUGAAGAGGGAUGCAAGGCUUCUUGUAAUGGACCAUAUGAUGGGAAGUGGAGCAAGUCCAUGGUUGGGUACGGGCCAGAGGACAACCACUUCGUUGUGGAGCUCACCUACAACUACGGGAUCGGAACCUACAAAGUGGGGAAUGACUUCAGGGGGUUGACUGUGUCAUCAUCGGCCAUAUUGGAUCGUGCUCGGAAGAACAACUACCCCAUCUCCACGGACGACGGGCAGACGUUCGUCCUGGCUCCAGAUGGCUACAAGUUCAUCAUCAUCAGUGAAGAUGUUCAGGGAGACCCGGUCACUAAAGUCACCUUGGCAUCAUCAAGCCUACAGAAAUCAGUAGAUUUCUGGUCCAAGUUGGCUGGGAUGAAAGUUUAUUCUCAGACGGAAAAAACAGCAGUACUCGGAUUCGGUGACAACCAGUGUAAGCUGGAACUGGUGGACAUUGGGAGCGCAGUGGAUCAUGCCACAGCCUUUGGGAGAGUGGCUUUCUCAUGUCCCAAAGAUGAGCUGCCUGGCAUUGAGAAGUUGAUGAAGGACAACAACCAGACAAUCCUCACCCCCUUCAUCAGUCUGGACACACCAGGGAAGGCAACAGUCCAGGUGGUCAUCGUAGCUGACCCGGACGGACAUGAGAUCUGUUUUGUCGGAGAUGAGGCCUUCAGGGAGCUGUCACAGACGGACCCCAAGGCUGAUGAUCUCCUGACCGAGGCUGUGUCAAAAGACAAGAGUGAUGAAUGGUUUGCAAAGAAAGGAAAGAAGAAGGCAUCGGCUUAGAGAGUAUAACACAAGAUGACAUAUACAUUGUUUAGAGACUAUAGUCACUUCCCCUCAAUUGAAACACUUAGAACUCUACAGGACAUGGGGUUAGAGAGUAUAUACACUUGACCUCAAUAGAACAUAUAAUACUCUACAACAUGACAUGGGGUUAGAGAGUAUAUACACUUUACCUCCAUAGAAACACAUGAAACUCCACAUGACAUGGGUUCAGAGAUUAAUACACUUGACCUCCAUAGACACAUGUAACUACAUGACAUGGGUUUAGAGAGUAUGUACACUUGACCUCCAUAGAAACACAUAAUACUCUACAACAUGACAUAUGGGUUUAGAGAGUAUAUACGCUUGACCUCCAUAGAAACACAUGAAACUCCACAUGACAUGGGUUCAGAGAGUAUAUACACUUGACCUCCAUA